AUGCGAAGUACAGCCAAAAGCCAUGGCCUCUGUGGACUUGGACUUGUAGCAAAGUGGUUCAUGAAACUUCCACCACCACCACCACAACCCAUCCUCCCCAACGACAUCAUCUACUACAUUCUGUUGCUACUACCCGUGAAGUCUCUAGCUCAAUGCAGGUGUGUUUGCAGAGAAUGGAACAACUUAUUAACCGGUUCGAACUUUCUCAAGAACCACUUAGACUAUGCUCGCCGUCGACUCAUUGUGUCAUCCUUCGGAUCUCUCAUGUCUAUGGACUUGGAAGCACGGGGAGAUUUUGUUGUGACCAACGACUGUGACUUCCCAUGGAACAUGACUGCUCAUUUCAUCACGGGCUCUUGUAAUGGCUUGUUGUGUUUGCUUGCUGAUUAUUCCCUCUUUCUGUGGAACCCUUCUACGAGACAAUGUAAGCAACUACCACCACCACCUUCAUAUUGCUUCGUAAGGUAUGGUAUGUUUUAUGGGUUUGGGUAUGACAAGGUUAUUGAUGGAUACUAUAACUAUAAGGUCGUUAGAGGUGAAAACAAUCACGCUUUUCGACAUGGCAACAAAUCCAAAGUUGAGGUCUAUACGAGGAAAACAAAUUCUUGGAAAAGAAUUCAAGACUUGCCUUACUAUUGUAUGUUCCAAGAAAGAGGGACUUUUAUUAAUGGAUCUUUGCAUUGGUUAGCCAUUCGUCAUAGCGAUUUUUGUGCUAUCAUUGCUUCUCUUGAUUUAGCAAAGGAGGAAUUCAGAGAGAUUUUGCUUCCGGAAUUUGAGCUACAAUCGGUCUCGCUUGAAUUGGGGACUUUGAAUGGAAUGCUUUCUGCGAUGUAUAAGAACUUUAAUGGAUGGUCCGUAUAUGCCAUGAAAGAAUACGGUGUGCCAACAUCUUGGAUUAUAUUGAUCACAAUACCUUCUUUUGUGUGGACAAGGGUAAAGAUGCCCUUUUAUUUGAUGAAGAAUGGCGAACUUGUGUUGCAAGUGAGAGAUGACAAACUGUUGAUGUAUGAUCCAAGAAAAAAUACAUUUAAGGAGCUCAUAGACACUAAAUCCGGUAUUGAAUCAACUACUUAUUAUGUGGAGAGUUUAGAGUCACCAUAA